UCUAUGUUGCUUUUUUCCCCUUUAUCAUUUAAGGAAGAACUUCAGAUAUCACUUUUAAAACUGAGCAAUGACUACGAAGUAAUGAAAAGUACAGCUGCAAGAAAUAUGAGAUUGGAUUCAGAAUUCCAAGACUUAAGACUUAGUCUGGAGGCAAAGGAACAAGAACUCAAUCAGAGUAUUAAUGAAAAGGAAAUACUGCUAUCCAAGUUAGGAGAAUUGGAGAAACAGAAACAAGAAGCAACAAGGCACAUUUUUUUUAUAAUAGAUCAGCAAUCAAAACAACAAAAUGAAGGAGAUAUCAUUAUCAGUAAACUGAAACAAGGUCUAGACGAUGAAAAAAAGAUAGUUCGUCAACUUGAGGAUGAGAAAAUGAACCUCACUAAAGAGUUAGACAGACAGAAAGAACAGUUAAUUCAAAGUGAACUGGUCCUGAAUGAUUUGCUUUUAAUCAAGGAGGAGCUUGAGGAUAAAGCAGAAGAUUUAGUAGAUCAGCUAAGUAAAUCACAAAAAAAUAAUUCAACCAUCCAGAAGGAGAACCUUGAACUUAAGGAACAUAUUAGACAAAAUGAGGAAGAGCUUUCUAAAGUCUGGAAAGACUUAACUCAGUCUCUUCAUCAAGACUCUAAUAGUACUUUUAAGGAUAACCUACUUAAAGAUAGGGAAGCGGAAGUUAGACACUUAAAGCAAAAUCUUUCAGAAGUAGAACAGCUCAAUGAAAAUUUAAAGAAAGUUGCUUGUGAUCUGAAAAUGGAAAAUGAAAAGUUGGUUUUAACAUGUGAAGAUGUAAGGCAUCAGUUGGAAGAAUCUGUAGCUGGGAACAGUCAGAUUUCUCUGGAAAAAAACACUCUUGUUGAGACUCUAGAAGUGGAAAAAGGAGAGCUAGAAGCAGAAUUGUGUCAGGCUAAAGAGAGGCUGUUGGAAGAAGCAAGCAAGUAUGAGAAAAUUGAAGAACUAUCAAAUGCACAUAACUCGAGCACCUCUGCCUUACAGCUGGAACAUCAGCGUCUGAUUCAACUCAGUCAAGAGAAAGACUUUGAAAUAGUAGAACUCAAAAAGAAUAUUGAGCAAAUGGAUACCGAUCAUAAACAAACUAAGGAAAUGUUGUCAUCUAGUGAAGAAGAGCAGAAGCAAUUGGCAGAAGUUAUAAAGGAAAAAGAACUUUUUAUUGAAAAACUUAAAGAAAAGUGUUCAGAGCUGCAGGAGGAAGUAGAUAAAUAUUCUCAGGCCUCAAUGCCAAAUGAAAUUUUAAGGCAGACCAUAGAGGAAAAGGACAGAAGUCUUGGAGCCGUGAAAGAAGAAAACAGUCAUCUGCAAGAAGAACUGGAACAACUCAGGGAAAAGCAGAGUCAAGCUGCACCUGUGGCUGAGCCCAAACCACUUGAUAGUAUUACAGAACUAGAAUUGGAGGUAUCUCAAGUGAAUAUAAUCAAGGAUCAUCUUGAAGAGGAAAUUAAACAUCAACGGAAGAUAACUGAAGAUCAAAACCAGAGUAAGAUGCAACUACUUCAAUCUUUACAGGAGCAGAAGAAGGAAACGGAUGAGUUUAGAUACGAGCAUGAGCAAAUGAAUGUCACACACACCCAGGCCUUUUUAGAGAAAGAUGAGGAAAUUAAGAAUUUGCAAAAAGCAGUUGAACAAAUCAAAACCCAGUUGCAUGAAGAAACACAGGACAUUCAGACAGAGAAUCCUGAUAUUUUACAAGAAACAAGAGUUCAGAGCCUUGAUAUAGAAAAUGGAAGUGAAAAGCAUGAUGCAUCUAAAGCUGAAACUGAAAGAUUAGUGAAAGAAAUAAAAGAACGAGAACUAGAGAUUAAACUUCUAAAUGAAAAGAAUAUAUCUCUAACUAAACAGAUCGAUCAGUUGUCCAAAGAUGAGCUUGGUAAACUAACUCAGAUUAUCCAACAGAAAGAUUUGGAGAUAGAAGCUCUUCACGCUAGAAUUCUAUCUUCAGCUUCCUACACCCAGGAUAUUAUGUACCUUCAACAGCAAUUGCAGGUCUAUGCUAUGGAAAGAGAACAAGUAUUAGCUGUUUUUGAUGAGCAGACUAGGGAAAAUAGGCAUCUAAAAGCAGAUUAUCAUAAAAUGAUGGAUAUAGUUGCAGCCAAAGAAGCAGCCUCCAUUAAGCUGCAAGAGGAAAACAACAAAUUGUCCACUGGAUUUGAGCAUAGCAGCCAAGAUAUGUUUAGAGAAACUGAUCAGAAUUUAUCACGUAUCAUUCGAGAAAAAGACAUUGAAAUAGAUGCAUUAAGUCAGAAANCUUCUGAAAAAGUUGCAACAAUUAGAACUCUCCAGGAAAAUAAUCACAGAUUCUCUGAUUCGAGUGCUUCCACCUCGGAGCUGGAAGGAAGAGAACAUGAACAAACCGAUUCAGAACUUAAGCAGCUAAAGGAGGAACAAGAUGUUUUACAGAAGUUACUUAAAGAAAAAGACCUCUUAAUCAAAGCCAAAAGUGAUCAAUUACUGUCUUCAAAUGAAAGUUUCACUAACAAAGUGAAUGAAAAUGAACUUUUGAGGCAGGCAGUAAUAAACCUGAAGGAGAGAAUAUUAAUUUUAGAAAUGGAUAUUUGUAAGCUAACAGGGGAAAAUGAAAAAAUAGUAGAAACAUCCAGGGUAAAGGAAGCAGAAUAUCAAGCAUUACAUGAGACUAAUAUGAAGAUUUCUAUGAUGCUGCGAGAGAAAGAGUUUGAGGGCCAUUCGAUGAAGGAGAAGGCUCUUGCUCUUGAGCAAAUACUGGAAGAAAACGAAUGGGUAUGUUCUGGGCAAAAGUUAAAUCAGCUUUUAAAUGCAGUUAAGUCAAUGCAGGAGAAGACAGUCACACUUCAACAGGAGAGAGACCAAGUCACAUUGUCCCUGAAUGAGAAACAAAUGGAAAACAAUACCCUACAGAAUGAGGUGACUUUUCUUAGUCUUUCUCUGNUUUUAGAGAAAGAUGAGGAAAUUAAGAAUUUGCAAAAAGCAGUUGAACAAAUCAAAACCCAAUUGCAUGAAGAAAGACAGGACAUUCAAACGGAGAAUCCUGGUACUUUACAAGAAACAAGAGUUCAGAGCCUUAAUAUAGAAAAUGGAAGUGAAAAGCAUGAU